AUUAAUAUUUCCCAUUGUACCACGCCGUUUUUUGCGAUUGGUCACCGGAGCCUCGUCAACCAAUCAGACAACGCCAUACCUGCCGCGGAGGGAACUGACCUUAUGAUUGACAGUCCAGCGGAUUAAUCAGGAAAGGGUAUAAAACUAACCAAACGAAUGAGCGCUCGAGGGCUCUAUUUCCUGAUGCUCUCUGUCACGCCUUGUGAUGACGUGUCCAGAAAGUCCCGGAAGCGCACAGUCAAUUCCAAAAUGGCUUACCAGACGUUCCAACAGGAGUACUUACAGAUUCCUGUUGUGACUAGGGCGUACACCACCGCUUGCGUUCUCACAACAGCCGCAGUGCAAUUAGAGCUCAUCACACCUUUCCAGCUGUAUUUCAACCCAGAUUUGAUACUGAACAAUUAUCAGGUAUGGCGGCUGGUGACCAAUUUUCUGUUCUUCGGUCCAGUUGGAUUCAAUUUUCUUUUCAACAUGAUUUUUUUGUAUCGAUACUGUCGGAUGCUGGAGGAGGGCUCUUUCAGAGGUCGCACUGCUGAUUUUGUCUUCAUGUUCCUUUUCGGUGGCCUUCUCAUGACCAUUUUUGGCACCUUUGUGAGUCUGGUUUUUCUGGGCCAGGCGUUUACCAUCAUGCUGGUGUACGUCUGGAGCAGGCGGAACCCCAAUGUACGGAUGAAUUUCUUUGGCCUUCUUAACUUCCAAGCACCCUUCCUGCCCUGGGUCCUCAUGGGCUUCUCCCUGCUGCUCGGUAACUCCAUUAUUGUGGACUUACUAGGUAUUGCUGUAGGACAUGUCUACUUCUUCCUAGAGGAUGUGUUUCCAAACCAGCCUGGGGGUGGCAGAUGGCUGAAGACUCCUACUAUUCUGAAGAUGCUGUUUGACAGUCCAGAACAGGAUGCAAAUUACAACCCCCUCCCAGAGGAUCGUCCAGGGGGUUUUGGUUGGGGUGAAGCACAACGCAUGGCCUACUGCAAGGUUUUAUACCAGUGUAUUACUGGGAAUUACCUCUCUUGGAGAUGCACUUGUUGAUGAGGAGA